GGGGAAACGCGGACACCGGCCGCUACAUUGAAACCAUUGUUUAGUUACAAAAAAAAUAACGUCCGGUUCCGCUUCGAUGGCGCCCUCAGUGUAAUGAGAACUCACGGGGCUGGAACCAUUCCGUUCCGUUCUGUACCAUUCCGUGCAGUGCGAAAGCGGCUAAAAUGAUGGAAAGAAAAGCUUCAUAAUAUUUGAUCUCACACAACUUAACCAAUAAUAAGAGAUAUGUUGUACAAUUAGUUUUAUUCCCCUUCUUCCAACUUUGGUUGAUAACAAAACAUGAAUUCAUUCAUUUUCCAUAUAUCUGUGUAAUCAUUACAGGGGCCUGGUGUCAACUCCAGGAUGAUAAAGAACAUGGCUGCUGCUCUCAGUUCCUUCUUGUCCUUUCAGCUCCCCUUAGGUGUUUUGGUGGAUGUUUGGCUUGAAACUGGAUGAAUCUCCGCGAUGCAGAGACGGGGAAGGUGCUGUGGCAAGGAACAGAGGAUCUAUCUGUACCAGGGGUAGAACAUGAAGCUCGCGUCCCAAAGAAGAUCCUGAAAUGUAAAGCUGUUUCCAGAGAGCUGAACUUCUCUUCCACUGAGCAGCUGGAGAAGUUUCGGUUGGAGCAAAAGGUUUUCUUCAAAGGACAGUGUCUAGAAGAAUGGUUCUUUGAAUUUGGUUUCGUCAUCCCAAACUCCACCAACACAUGGCAGUCUCUGAUAGAAGCAGCUCCUGAGUCCCAGAUGAUGCCAGCCAAUGUCUUAACUGGUAAUGUGAUCAUAGAGACAAAAUUCUACGACAAUGAUCUUCAUGUGAGUACUUCCAGGGUUCGGCUUUUCUACAUCUGACAUCUGAGCCUUGAACUCUGACCUUCCAACCUGCUGAUGUCCUGCCAAGAUCUAGAAAUAAACCAUGGAAGUUAGCUACAGUCUGCGGCCAUCACCUGUUAUACAGUCAUGGAUCAGCAUGUUUAGGCUGAGCCCUCUGUGCUGCCGCCAUCACUUAAGUGAACUUUGUGUUGUGUUCCAUUUUCUUUUUGGAGAAGAGAAAUUAGGAAGAAAAAGAAAUCCCUGAUUCUAAUCCUUUGCUUGAUCUGCAGGACCACUAAUUCAGGUCAAGCUAUGAAUAAAAAUGAGCAUUUACUCAGGAACACAGUGGCAGACAUCUGCCUUUAUGUUGAAGAGAAAGUCAUAGAAAAUGUUCCAAAUAUUUUCUAGUUCUAGUUCAAAGCUGACAUCCAUUCCAUUAAAAUUAGCCUAAACUAUGAAGGCAAGGCCAAGAUGAGUUCAGUUCUUGGAUUACAUUCUAAACACACACACAUACACAAUGUACUACACAACUCGGUAUAAGACACACAUUCUCAUUUUUCUUAAAGCUGUCCUCCAUUACCUCCAGAAGAGGGCAACAGCUCUUAUGUUUCCAUGUUGUAUUGAUUAGAACUAGUGGCUCUGUACCUGCUGGGCUUUGUUCACCAAACUCACUCUUGUGAUAAAUCAGUCACUGCUUACUUAGCACCUGUUUGUCCACUACUGAAGGGGGAAUCUGUGUCACUACCCACCUUCUCCCCUGUGUGUACACCAAAUCUCUGAGGCGCCAAUGGAGACUGACAGAUGGAGAGACAGCAGUCCUGAUCUGAGCAUCGAAACUGUCUGGAGAACAUGCAGGGGACUGGUCCCGGGUCAGGGUUUGUUCUGAAGAGGACGCCCGUCUCUGGGCUGCUUCUGGAGGGGAGGCACACUUCUGAUAGCACUUAUACACUACAAUAGUUGUAGGUUUCAGAGAAUCAGCUUGUAACACAGUCAAACAUACAAAGCACUGAAUUAUCUGGACUGUCUCGAGUUAACCUUACAUACUGUUGAGAUGUUCUUGGAAGGUAGUUUGUGACGUCCACCAGCAAACCAGUAGUUUUUUUGCAGUUAUUUUGCCCCUUUGCUUUAAUGUCAAAGAUCAGCUUGAUUCAGAGGUUAAACUUCUUAAUUUGUCAGAUGUAGAUAAUUCAUCGGCUUGUUUUUGUAUCUAGCUAUGUCUUCUUUCAUCAGAUGGUACCAGCUGUUAAUGUCCUGUCUGCAGCCCGACUCUCUACAUUCUGGCUAGAUUUGGAUAUUGAAUCAAUUCACUGUGUUUUUGUUUUUCUUAGCUUUUGGAAGAGCUGUAUAAAAUAGCCAUGUGUUUUAAUAUGACAGGAUUUAUCAAUUAAAGUCAUACAAUGUUGUAAUAACAUAAUUUGUGUGUUUGUUCCUUACUGUGUUGUUCUCUGAAUUAAAUGUUGUUUUAAAUUGUC